ACCAGAUAACCGCAGGGGGGCGGAUUUCAUGCACGAACCAGGUACAAGUCCCUCUUUAAGAAUUCAAAAAAUCCUCUACAAACACACACUUGGUUCUCUAGAGCCACCUGUCGGCGGGACUUUGACUUGUGCCUCGUCCUUCGUCCCGCUCGCACACCGCGGAGGCGCGCAGGUGUCGUGAUGCCUCAGAACGUUAUGAACCGUGACGGUGGACGAGGAGGAACUCGCCACAGCACCUGUAGAGCCUCCGGUCGGGGCCCGGGUCUGGUUCGUGGAGGCGCUGCUCUCAAUGGCGUGCUGGCCGCUCCUCCUCAGAGCACGGCUCGGUUCACCCAGGGGAACGGCGCCCAGCCACCGCGUGUGGUUGAGGGUGACGUUAACCAUUGGUACAAGAGCAAGAAGGCAGCGCCCCCGAGGACACUGAAGAAACGGGGAGGCCCCGCCUCCCCUGUCACUCAUGCCUCAGCGGCUGGCAGGGUCUGUAGUGCGGGCAGCCUCGCUGGUGUGUCGGGGAAGGGGGCCGCCAGUCUAGACGACGCCGCCGCCGCCUCGCCUGUUGACUGUCAACAAAUGGCGCCACGAGUCAUCCUGUCCAAGAACCAGAGAAGAAGAAACCGGAAAGCCUGUCCAGAGAACCAUACACUCUCAGGAAUACCACCCCCACCACCACCGGAGGAGGAGGAGGAGGACUGGGAAAAGGAGAGCCAAGAGGUCACGCUGAUUGACUGGGAAAAUAACUGUUUUGGCAUCAAUCCCUACGGUCCACAGGAUGUGAUCCAUUUUUCCUUGCGGUAUUCACCCUUCCAGCGAAGGCACGAAGUCGUCCCACUAUUGAUGGCUGGUUACAGCCCGGAGGUGCACCACCCGCAGCCCGUCCGUUGGAGGCACUACGGCACCCCCACCGAGCAAGGGCAGUUUGCAGACGCUGACCACUAGGCCAGGCGUGUGCGGCUGUGUGACCGGGUCGGUAGAAAAAGUUCUGGAGUUUUCUUAUUGGUUAGAAUCACUGCAACAGCUUCAGUCCAAUAAUAAUAAUAAUAAUUGCGUUCAGUUGUUUUAUUUAUUUUUUGUUUUAUAUCUAUAUUUUAUAUUUAGGUUAAAUGGUAAGCUAUUCAUUUUUUUAUCUUAAGGAAUGAUUUUAGAUGAUCUGCUAUACUUUGCUGUUGUACCGCAUACAUUUACGGUUCUUUCCAUGUCUUCAUAACUUUGGCUAGAAUUCCAGGAAACUGAAGGAAUACCCUUUUAUUGUCAUGUUUACCCUUUGUUUUAAAAUGCCUCUAGUAGGAACAAUGUUGUCAUAGUUCAUUAUCAAUGUUUGUUCAUCAGAUUUGUGAGUAGAUGAAGAAACGAUUUUGAUUUGGGGUCACCCAACUCGACCACGAAAUUUGGUUUGGAUGCUGUAUCAACAAGUUGUGAUCUGACCUUUCACAGUUGCAAUAAAUCCAAUUUUCUUCACUAAA